UCUCAACUUCGUUCUUCCCACUUUUGUCCAAACCACUGAAUGAUGAUUCUCACUGUCCCUUGUCUUUUUCUUUUUAAUCGAGAUUUCUAACAUAUCAUCUGCUCCAUAUAUAUAUAUAUAUAUAUAUAUAUACACACAUAUACUGUGUUCUUCCCAACGGCAAACUGCAAUGGGAAGUGAUCGAAGUUGGAAGGAAGAGGUCGAGAAGUUCGAAAAAUCGAAAGCUGGAGUCAAAGGCCUCGUAGAUUCAGGAAUAACAAAGCUGCCCUGUCUUUUCCGGACACCCUUUCGGGUGUCCGAAACCAAUGACGGCUCCAAAGUUCAGAUCCCGGUAAUAGAUUUGCAGGGAGUUGACCUCGGCGGAUCACGGCGAUCAGAGAUCGUCAAGGAGAUCCGCCGGGCGUCGGAGAAUUGGGGAAUCUUCCAAAUAGUCAACCAUGGUAUCCCUGAUGCUGUAAUGGAUGGAAUCCUCGAAAGUACGAGGAGGUUUCAUGAGCAACCUAAGGAAGCCAAGAUGGACCUCUAUUCAUCGGACAAUAGGUGUGUUGUUAGAUUCCACACGAUCAACGGUCGGCUUGAGAGAUCGCACCCCGCCGGAUGGAGGGAUUCUCUUUCUUGCAUAUUUUCGGAUGGAGUCGUCGACCCUGAGGUUAUACCUCGUGUUUGUAGGGACGGAAUCACCGAGUACAUGAAGCACAUGAAGAAUAUAGGCGAGGCCCUUUCGGGCCUCUUUUCAGAGGCAUUAGGAUUACGCCAAAAUACGUUGUCACAAAUGCAAUACAUGAACAGUCAAUACAUCACUUGUCUCUACUACCCGCCCUGUCCAGAGCCCGACAGGGCCUUGGGUGCAAGAAAACACACCGACCCCGUGACCCUCGCCAUUUUAGUCAACGACAUCACCGCCGGCCUCCAAAUACACUACGACGGGCGGUGGGUCGACGUGCCGCCGAUUCCGGGAGCCCUGACGGUGAACGUCGGGGAUUUUAUGCAGGUGAUCACAAAUGACAAGUUUAAGAGCGUGGAACACCGGGUCCUGGCCAGUGAGGCAGACACACGGCUUUCCACUGUCUGCUUCUUUUAUCCAAACAGCGAGCAGAUUGCGUCGGGGGAACACGGGCCGAUCGACGAGCUGGUGUCGGACAGCGACCCGCCGUUGUACCGGGCGGUGAACUACGUUGAGUUUUCGGUUCAUUACCAUAAAAUGGCGGGAAGGGGACACUCGUUUUUGUCCGAUUUUAGGCUUUGAGUUGGAUUGGAUUAUGGAAUGUUUAUGGUUUGUUUGAAUUAGGAUUAGGGUUUUGUUU